UCUUCCUCUUGCUGUAGCUAACAGGAAGUGGUGGGUAGAACGAUCCACAAAAGAUACUUCAUUCUAUUCAGGUCGUCAUUGGAAACCAUCCUCAGCAAUGGUGAAGAUUUUUGUGGGGAACCUUCCCCGAGAAGCUACCGAGGAUGAGAUCAAGGAGCUCUUUGAGGAGCACGGCACGGUCACUGAAUGCGCCAUCAUCAAGAACUUUGCCUUUGUCCAUAUGGAUGACCGUAAGGCUGCCACCAAAGCCAUCAGGACCCUUCAUCAGCACAAGCUCCACGGCACAGCGAUCAACGUCGAGGCCAGCCACGGGAAGAACCAGGGCCCAGUGAAACUGCAUGUAGCCAAUGUAGAAAAAGGAGCUGAUGACGAACUCCGUGCUCUGUUUGAAGAGUACGGUACGGUCACAGAGUGUGCUGUUGUCAAGAAUUUUGCUUUUGUGCACAUGCCCAACUAUGAUGAGGCCAUGGAUGCUAUCAAAGGGCUUGAUAACUCUGAGUUUCAAGACAAACGCAUCCACGUUCAGGUUUCUAAGAGUCGACCUAGGUAUGAAGAAUGUGAAGACUACCCACCUCCUCCCCCAGACAGGGGAGGCUACUGGCCUCCACACUAUCCAGGAGAGCGGCCUGAGCCGCCCCCACCCGGCUACCUGAGGGCUCGCCCCAUGCCCCCUGGUUACCCAGGUCCUCCUCUGCCACCCCCUCCCCCGAGGCGGGCGACUUAUCCUGAGCGGUCCUAUGACAGCGAAAGGGAGGGAUACAGUGUAGUAGAUUACUACGAGAAGUACCGAGCUCGUCCGUACGCCAUGUCUCCCUAUGAAGAGCAUCGUGCUAUACCCCCACCUCCUCCGCCUCCGCCCUCUUCUGUCGUUCGAGACCGCCUUAUGACCUCACCGCUUAAUCCAUAUGAGCGUCGGCCCCUCCCUCCACCCCCUCCGCCUCCCCCCUCAUCGUACUACGCCCGAGAUCGCAGCCCAAUCCGGAGGGCUCCUAACGCACCGUUGCCCCCUCCGCCCAGUAACGGCUAUGCCUACGAUCGCUCUCCAUACACAGUUCCACGUGCAAGGGACCCCUAUGCGGACCGGCUGCCUCCGCCACCACCUGCACGCUACGCAUACUAAUGCGACACGUCAGCAUUUUGAAGGAUUGUUGUCCGACUGCGUCGCCGCUUCCUGAUUCACGUGACUUUAUCCUCUUCCUGUCUGCGGCUGAGCGCGUUUCGUUCCUCUACAACACUCAAAAGGAUCUGAAUUCUUUUCGUCAAUGGCUGUUUGUUUGGUUUUAGUGCUUAGAAUAUGUUUUUUCCUUCUUCUGACUGUUUUAGUGUUGAAUUGUACUGUAAAAUCCUUACUGGCAAACGUCUGAAUGGGGCGUCUUUUUAUUUAAAACAACCUUUUCGUUUUAUUAAGCGUAAUAUUGUGUGUGACCUUAGAAAGUUAAAUAAUAUUCGCAUUCCUUUAAAGGCGGCUUUAGUUUACUCCCCAACCUGCACGUUUGAUUAAUCAUGUAAAUGCUCUCCAUCAAAAUUCAAACUUCUGUGGCGUUGCUGUGAAACGUAAAUGGAAAACAUGUAAAUUAGUAACUGCCCAUUUAGUGACGCAAUUAAUACUGUGCGUUUGCAAGAUCUGCUAAAUUUUCCCUUUUGGUAAAAUAACUUUUGAUUAGUAAGUGUGAUCUCGAUGCUCACUGCGCAACACCUUUUCACCUCUGUAACCGUUUGUAAUUGUUUGCUGAUUUUAAUAAUCUUUUCCUCAAUAGAAACAAGCGAAUCACAGCCAUGUAAAAGCGUUACGUUGAUUAAAGAACGUCUUGUCGGCUCUUG